AUGACCGCCCGCUUGGUAUUGGUCAUUGGCGACCUGUUCAUCCCUGAUCGAGCUCCCGAUCUACCAGCCAAGUUCCGCAAACUCUUGACCCCUGGCAAGAUCGGUCAAACCCUUUGCCUGGGUAAUCUGACCGAUCGCGAGACAUAUGACUUCCUCCGCGAUGUAGCCCCAGACCUGCAGAUGGUCAAGGGCGAUUACGACGUCGACUCUCCCAAUCUCCCCCUCUCCAAAAUUGUGAACCAUGGCAGCCUACGGAUCGGAUUCACCCACGGCCACACGAUCGUGCCACCCGCCGAUGCUGACGCGCUACUGAUUGCGGCCCGCCAGAUGGAUGUUGAUGUUUUGCUGUGGGGUGGAACACAUCGUUUUGAGGCAUUUGAAAUGGAAGGUCGCUUCUUCAUCAACCCGGGAAGUGCAACUGGUGCUAUGAGCUCGGGCUACUGGGCAGAUGGCGAGGAACCUACACCGAGUUUCUGCUUGAUGGAUAUCCAAGGUGAUGUUCUCGUCCUAUAUGUCUAUCAGCUCAAGACCGAUGCCAAUGGUGCGGAGAACGUUGCUGUUGAGAAGGUCUCUUUCCGCAAAAACCACCCUCCAGCUGCGUGA